ACCGAAGGCAAGGACGAAUACAACUACUAUUCCGGAACAUACGAGGAUGGCGGCUGGCCCAAGAAACAAGACUGGAUCUCUUUCGAGAACAUGUGGAACAACAACAUGGACAAGAUGAAGUCGUCGUGUGGAGCCCACCACUUUGGCGACAACCUCUCGGAUGUGGAGAUUGAACAUAUCCAAACCGCUAUCCAAAGAGUGGCCAAGACCUCGAAAGUUGACAACCGGUUUAUAUUCGCUCUCAUCAUGCAAGAAUCCAAAGGCUGCGUUCGCGUCCAUAAUACUAACAAUGGCGUGCGUAAUCCGGGCAUAAUGCAGAGUCACAAUGGGCAUGAAUACGACCCUGAACACAGCGAGAAGUCGAUCGAGCAAAUGGUCGUCGAUGGAACGCAAGGAACUUCAUCAGGUGAAGGACUGGUGCAAGGAUUGGACAAGACCGGAAAUGCAUAUGCGGCAGCGAGAUUCUACAAUUCGGGACAAAUCGCGAAAGAUGGAGAUCUAAGUGACGGCGCAGGCGCUACGGCGUGUUAUGCUAGUGAUGUGGCAAAUCGGCUGACGGGAUGGGUCGAUGCGAAGUCGAAGUGU